UUAAAAAUUUCAAGUGUGAAAUAUCUGGUGGCAACAAAACACAUUGUGCACGUUGUUUUGUAUUUAUAAAUUUGUCCUGGCUUUUCGAUUUCAUAUAUCUAAAUUUAAUAAUUUGAAGGAAAAACUAGAAUGGGUCGCAUUUUAUUUAGGAAGGGGGAAAGAGGUAUAGCUACUUCCUAUGUUAGUAGGAAACAAGCACUGAAAAAAUUAGGACUCUCCUUAAAAGAUUUCAGGAGAUUAUGCAUUUUAAAAGGAAUAUAUCCUGUGGAACCACCUAAUAAAAGAAAAGCCAAUAAGAAAAGCUCAACCAACAAAACAUAUUACUUCUUGAAAGACAUUCAAUUUCUGUCUCACGAACCAUUAAUCAAUAAGUUUCGUGAUUUCAGGGUGUUUGUGAGACGCUUGAAGAAGGCUAUUGGUAAACAAGAUCAAGACACUAGCCAAAGACUUCGUGAAAAUCAACCCAUUUUUAAGCUAGACCAUGUUGUUAAAGAAAGGUACCCCACAUUUGUUGAUGCUUUAAGAGAUUUAGAUGAUGUGAUUUCUAUGUGCUUUCUAUUCAGUUCAUUUCCAAAAUCACAUAGCAUUAAAGUGGAGUUAAUACAUUUAUGUAGGAGACUUACUGUUGAAUUCUUGCACUACAUCGUAGAGACAAAGGCCUUGCGUAAAGUUUUCGUGUCUAUCAAAGGAAUUUACUAUCAAGCUGAAAUAAUGGGACAAACAAUAACUUGGGUUGUACCUCAUACUUUUGGUUUUAAUAGACCUACAGACGUAGACUUUAAAAUCAUGGUUACAUUUGCUCAGUUCUACAGUACCAUGUUGGGUUUCGUUAAUUAUAAGCUGUACAGUUCAAUAAACUUGAAAUAUCCUCCAGCGCUUGCUGUUAGUUGUUCGUCUGAAGAAUUGAUGAAUGGGGAAGAGGACAGCACGGAGUUUAUUGCUGCUCUCAAUUUAAGUCUUAAAUCCACUUUGGGCAACAAUGUGGAAGAAGAGGAGGAAAUUGACGAAUUCCCUGAAAUGUCCAACGAUGAAAAUAUUCAGGAACAAAAAGCUAAAUCUGAAGAAAUUAAAAAAUUCAAAAACCUUUUUAGUGGUUGCAAAAUUUUCCUCAACCGGGAAGUUCCUAAGGAAUCUCUUCUGUUUAUUAUAAGAUGUUUCGGAGGAGAAGUGUCUUUUGAUAAAACAAUAUCACUUGGUGCAACAUUUGAUGAAAAUGAUCUGACAAUUACACAUCAUAUUAUUGACAGGCCAUUAGGAACCAAACAGUACAUUAAUAGGUACUAUGUUCAGCCCCAGUGGAUUUAUGAUUCAGUCAAUGCCCAGAUGCUUCUUCCUGUUGAACUCUACUUUCCUGGGGAAUUACUUCCACCUCAUCUCUCACCAUUUGUUGAGGAGAAAGAGGGUGAUUACAUUCCUCCUGAAAAACAGGCUCUAUUAGAUUUCCAGAGUGGAAGAACUCGAACUCUUUCACGUGUUGAAGAUUUCAAUGAUGAAGACGAAUCGGAUUCCGAAUCAGAUAAAGAAACAGUGGAAGAGAAAUCGGAAUCCCCAGAUAAAAACCAGAACAGAAAAGAUUCUAAAAAAAGGAAAGCUCAAGACAUGAACUCUGAAAGUAAAAAAUCAAAAAUGAAAGUGUCACAGGGAGUGUCACUGAAAGAAGAUCCUGCUAAAAUUGCACAGAAAGAGGCUACAGAAGAAAAAAGGUUGGCAAUCAUGGCCAUGUCCAAGAAAGAUAAGCACCUUUAUCAAAAAAUUAUCUUUGGUCAAAAGAGAAAAAAUAAGGAAGUAUUGAAAUUGAAAGAAAAGCGUCAAGAAUAUGAAAAGCAACAGAGACUACAGAAAAAACUUGCAAAGCAUCUUUAAAAUUGUUAUUAUUUCAUGUAUAAUAAAAAUGUAUUAUAUUAAUGCUGUUAAGACAAAUUUUUUGUGUCAUUAUAUGUAACUCUGGGAACAAUAGUGGACUAAUUCAUGUUAAAAUAAACUGAAAACGUUUUUA